GAAUUCGAAUGCAAAGAGGGCGCUAUUUUGUAUUUUGGCGACUGUACCAAAAACUUCGCUCACAUGUUGAGCAGAAAUCGCUUCUAAGACGAUGCUAACUAAAUCAGUAUGAAGUUCAAUCUCCACAACACUCAAAGGGCACCCGGCCGACUGGCAACUUUUUCCGAACUCGGUCGCCAUGGUAACACCUCCAUGGAAACCCCAGGCUGCUUGCUGUACACCCGUUGCGGUUCUGCGCCCAACCUGUCACAUGACUUGCUGAGUGGCAUUGAGGGGGUGCCGCUGGUCACUCAGAUACCAUUACCAACAAUUGUAGAGAGCAGUGACGUGUUGGAAGCUUUUGGGCAAGGCGUGGCAGCAUUUUCAGGGCGGCCCGACACCGUUGUGUGUACCUGCACGCAGGAUCCUGGCAAGUCCACACCGACUGGUUUCAAUGACAAGAAGAGCGUGUCUGUUUGGGCCGCUGGUGGCAGAAAAAAGCUGACCUUGGAGGGGUUUCUGGAUCUUCAAGAAGUGCUCCAGCCAGAUUUGAUGGAAGCGUUGUCGGACGGGGAUACUCCAGCUGACUCCUCCUCCAAACGCGUCAAGAAGUCAGUUGAUAGGACGUUGGAAUUCCUUGACGGGUGCCUAGAUGCCAAACAAAGCAGACAGGAGCUUAGAGACGUUGAAGUGCUCGGCGUGAUAGAAGGCAGUGAGCUGCUGGAGGAGAGACUCAGGUCGGCCCGGGAGACAGCCAAGCGACCCGUGGCUGGCUACGUUCUGGAUGGCUUCCAUGAAGAGUCCAUGGAGGAAAGGACAAGGUGGAGCAUUAUGAAGGCUGUUCUGAAUGAAAUCCCUGAAGACAAGCCAAGGUUCCUGCCUAGAGUCGGCCGACCUGAUGAGGUACUGCGUGCUGUGGAACUAGGAGUUGACAUCUUUGAUUCAACCUUUCCAUAUGAAGCCACAGAGCGAGGCUGCGCUUUGGUAUUUUCAUACGCACUUGCAUCGCCCUUGCCAAAUGAUGCGGUCUCAAGACACACCCCUGCAUCUGCUUCAUCUGUUGAUGAUUGUCUUGGUGACGAUGGAGGAACGGUGUGUGAUUUUGACGGACAGGGAGAGAACGGAGAUUUGAACAGCAGGACCGUGUAUGAAAUGAAACUUUCUGAUCAAAGGUUUGUGGAGGACUUCACUGCAGUGGUUGAGGGAUGUCAAUGUUACUGCUGUGUCAAUCACACCAGAGCCUACAUCAACCAUCUCAUCAAUGCAAAAGAGCUGCUUGCUGGUGUGCUGCUCAUGAUACACAACUUUCAUCACUUCUUCCAGUUCUUUCAAAGCGUCCGAAAGGCAUUGCGAGACGGAACCAUGCAACGGCUGAAGGCAGAAAUCAACAAAUGCAGGUGAUGCUAGCGUCAUUGUGAUGCAGACAAACGCGCACCAACUACGUGAAACCUGAAUGGACAUGCUGAUUUCAAGUUUGAGAUGGUUUUAGAUUUGCCGUAGUGACUGGCUCACACGUUUGAUAAGAUAGACCAGUUGAUGAAACCGUCUAGAUCUGUGGACUUUGUUCGUGAACAGUAAAUGGCACUUUCUGACCACUCUUGAGAUCUACAUAGGGGGUCGACCACGAACAGCAGUAGCCGUAUGCUAUGCGCGCACACGCACUGCACAAAGCGCGAACAGCAACCUCACAAGGCUAGGCCACGAUAUGCAAAUCAGGUGAUAUUUUACCUGGACAGAGCGCUGGAUAGUAUGGCUACAUUCUCCAACAACUUUGGAGUCUGCAAACCAAAUAUAACUCAAUAUAAAUUCAACAAAAUAACGAAAAAAUUGACCCAAAAAGAUAGGCCUGCGAUGGAUGUUCCAAGGCAUUCGUUCAGCACCACCUGAUUUGCAUAUCUAGCCUAGCCACGUGUGGUACGUGGGUUUGAACCCAUGACAGAGUACAUGGUGUUUCUGUUCUUGAGCAAGACACUUCACUACAAUUGCCUCUCCCCACCCAGGAGUAUAUAUGUGUACCUGUGAUGGCAGAGAAACUGAUCUCGAGCUGCUGCAGAAAAAUUGUCUGAUUCCUGAUAAACAGGGAUAAUAAUUGUAAAGUGCUUUGAAACCUUUGGUAUAAAGCGCUAUAUAAGCACCGUAUCACUGUUGUUAUUAUGCAGAGCAUGCUGAAAAAUAUUUUUGACAUGCUCUCUUGUAAGCUGUGCUAUUUAUAGGAUUAUUUAACUUGGUGUCUUUAGGCAACACAACAUUCCCCUCAAUUCUCUGAGAAAAACAGCUCUGUAAUAUUAUAUAUCAGUGUGCGGAAAUGCUGUAGUUUAAAAACAAACUUCUUUAUUUUUAUGAAAUGCACAGAAGAUCAGUAAGAUCAUGUUCUGUUAUGAAAAAUAAAGCAAAUACAGAAAAUC